GCCAGCGCAACACCACUGUCCAGCACCAGAUGAUCCACACUGGGGAGAGGCCCUAUGAGUGUCCCAAGUGUGGGAAGAGGUUUCAGACCAGCUCCACUCUGCACCGGCACCAGCGGAUUCACACAGAGGAGAGGCCCUUCCGCUGCCCUGACUGCAGGAAGGACUUCAAGCACAACUCCAACCUCAUCAGGCACCGGCGCAUCCACACUGGGGAGAGGCCCUACGAGUGUGGGGAAUGUGGGAUGAGCUUCAGCCAGAGCUCCAACCUGAUCCGCCACCAGAGGAUCCACACCAAGGAACGGCCCUACGAAUGUGAGCAGUGUGGGAAGAGCUUCAGCCACAGAUCCCACUUGAUCCGCCAUCAGAACAUCCACGCUGAGGAAAGGCCAUACAAGUGUGGGGAAUGUGGGAAGGGCUUCAACCAGAGGUCCCAGCUGAUCAUCCACCAAAUGAUCCACACAGGGGAGAGGCCCUACGAGUGUCCUGAGUGUGGGAAGAGAUUUCAGACCAGCUCCAAUCUCCUCAAGCACCAGCAGAUUCACAUAGAGGAGAG